AUGCCCUCCCACGCCAAACGCAAGUCAGCCUCCCCGCCCAACGGCCACAAUACUAAAAAGGCGAAGAAGAUUGGCGGUGGUACGUCCUCGCACCAGCAUCAUCCUCUUGCAGAGGAGGCAGAGGAGCACGGAAUCGUCCUGCGCAAGUACUACCCUCCUGAGAUGAGCAAUGCUCGCGCCCAGGCCUACACGGAUCAGGAGUUACCCCGACCGAUUGAGGAGCUACAAGCGGCGCUCGAGGAGACGGCCAAAGAGCGGAAGGCCGUCAAACCAGACAAGGCCAUGGUGCACUGGUUCAAGAUGGACCUGCGACACGCGGACAAUACAUCCCUCGCGCUGGCCAGCCGGCGGGCCCAGGAGGCUGGCGUUCCGCUUGUAUGCAUGUACCUUGUCAGCCCCCAGGACUUCGAGGCGCACUUGCUCUCGCCAGCCCGAGUGGACUUUAUGCUGCGGUCGCUGGCUGUCCUCCAGAGAGAUGUUGAAAAUCUGGACAUCCCGCUGUACGUGGAGACGGUGGACAAGAGGAACGAGGUGCCUGACCGCGUGCUCGAGCUCAUGGGCGAGUGGGGUGCCAAUCACCUCUUUUGCAACAUGGAGUACGAGGUCGAUGAGCUGCGCAGGGAAGCAUACAUGGUUCGCGACCUGUCCGAGAAUGGAAAGUCGUUCGAGGUGGUGCACGAUACGUGCGUGGUGCCCCCGGGGAGCCUGCACACGGGCGCGGGGAAGCAGUAUGCCGUCUACUCGCCCUGGUUCAGGGCCUGGCUGGCCCACGUGCACGAUAACCUCGGCCUGCUAGAACUGCGUGAGCCCCCCGUGGCAAAUCCGAAGAGUGCGCGCAAGGAUUUCGCAAAGCUGUUCGGCUGCACGAUACCCGCACCGCCCAAGGACAAAUCCUUCAUCUCGGACGAACAGAAGAAGCGCAUGCAUUCCCUCUGGCCAUCCGGGGAGCACGAGGCACUUGCACGCCUGGAAACGUUCUGUAAGAGGAAGAUUGGGGAGUAUGCUGACGCACGAAACACUCCUUCGGCAGACGGCACGUCGUGCAUGUCAGUGCAUCUCGCCAGCGGGACAGUCAGCUCGAGGACGUGCAUCCGCACAGCGAGGGACAGGAACACGACCAAGAAGCUCAAUGGCGGCAAAAAUGGCAUCGCCAACUGGAUCGGAGAAGUGGCCUGGCGGGACUUUUACAGGCACGUCCUCGUCGCCUGGCCUCAUGUCUGUAUGAACAAGCCGUACAAGCCUGCCUACUCGAACAUUGCCUGGUCCUACGACAGGGAGCACUUCUCCGCGUGGUGCGAUGGUCGCACGGGCUUCCCCAUUGUCGACGCGGCCAUGCGCCAGCUCAAUAGCACGGGGUACAUGCACAACCGGUGCCGGAUGAUUGUUGCAUCGUUCCUGUCCAAGGACCUGCUUAUCGACUGGCGCAUGGGCGAGCGUUAUUUCAUGGAGCACCUAGUCGAUGGGGAUUUCGCGAGCAACAAUGGUGGCUGGGGGUUCAGCGCGAGCGUUGGGGUAGAUCCCCAACCCUACUUUCGCAUAUUCAACCCGCUGCUGCAAAGUGAGAGGUUCGACCGCGACGGUGAGUAUAUUCGCAAGUGGGUGCCUGAGCUGGCCAAUGUCGAGGGAAAUGCCAUCCAUGAGCCUUAUGCUCGGGGAGCUGGGGUCGAGGCGAAGAAGGCGGGAUAUCCGGAGCCAAUUGUUGAGCACAGGGGGUGUCGGGAACGGGCGCUGGGUGCGUACAAGAAUGGUCUGGAGAGUGGCAUGUAA